CACACGGUGCAUUAAAUUCUAUAAAUAAUGGUUAUUUGCAUCACUGGAGACCAAUCCGCACAUGCAAUCCAAAUUAAACCCAGUAAAAAUUAAGCUUUCUCACACGUAUCCAAUGGUGCCCUGGCUAUCCUUUUCCGUACAUAUUAUUGUUCUUGUUCUUGCUUGCAACAUCUUGGCUGCCUCUGGCAAUAAUGAGACAGACCUGCUUGCCUUGCUCAAAUUCAAGGCCAACAUUAAUGGCGACCCGCUAGGAGUUGUCCAUUCAUGGAAUUCUACCAUGAACUUCUGCCAUUGGCAUGGUGUUACGUGUGGCCGUAGACACCAGAGGGUGACUGUGCUAGACUUGCAGUCCCUCAAGCUCUCUGGCUCCAUAUCACCGCAUGUUGGCAAUUUGAGCUUUCUAAGGGAAUUAAACCUCCAAAACAAUAGCUUCACUCAAGCGAUCCCCCCCCAAAUCGGUCGUUUACACCGUCUGCACUAUUUAUUCCUGCAGAACAACUCGUUUAGCGGCGAAAUCCCACCUAACAUAUCUGGUUGUUCUAACCUUGUUAAAUUCCAAGUUCAAAAUAACCAGCUGGAAGGAUCAAUUCCAAUGGAGCUUGGCUUCUUGUCCAAGGUUCAAAUCAUUGAUCUGCAAAGAAACAAUCUGACAGGAACCAUCCCUCCAUCUGUGGGGAAUUUGUCAUCCCUUCAAGCAAUCUAUGCCAGUGAUAAUAAUUUCUUUUGGAGAUUCCCUCAUUCUCUAGGCCAAUUAAUGAAUCUUACUAUAUGGGAUGUAUCCACAAAUGGGUUUUCAGGUACCAUCCCACCAUCCAUCUUCAAUCUUUCUUCGAUUGUGCUUUUUGAUGUAGCUUAUAAUCAGUUUGAAGGUAGCCUUCCCUCUGAGAUAGGCAAUACUUUUCCAAAUAUUAAAUUUCUUUCCUUCUCCUUCAAUAACUUCACGGGUUCAAUUCCUAUUUCAAUAUCCAAUGCUUCAAACAUAGUCAGACUUCAGCUAGCUGGUAAUAAGCUUACUGGGAAAGUGCCUUCCGUGGGAAACCUACACAAGCUCAAAGGGUUUUCUGUUUCAAAAAACUACCUGGGUAGUGGCGAAGAUGAUGACCUGAGUUUUCUCCCAUCCUUGACAAACGCCACAGAUUUAGAAAGAAUAGGAAUAGAGGAGAACAAUUUUGGAGGGAGGUUACCUCGACAAAUCUGCAACUUCUCAAGAAACCUCUCAGAAAUAUAUUUCCAUGACAAUCAAAUGUAUGGAAAAAUCCCCAGUGGAAUUGAGAACCUCAUCAGCUUGAAAAUUUUCCAAUUAAAUGGUAACAAACUUUCAGGCAAUAUUCCUUCUAAUAUCGGAAAGCUUCGAAACCUCAGGAUAUUGCAUCUUUCUACCAACAAUUUCUCAGGCUACAUUCCAUCAUCUUUAGGAAACCUGACCGAGUUGCUUCAAUUCAGCUUGAGAGAAAAUAAUCUUCAUGGCAAUAUCCCUUCCAGCCUAGGGAAAUGCCAAAAACUGCUAGCUUUCGAACUUUCUUUCAACAAUCUUAGUGGUACCAUACCCCCACAACUUAUGAGUCUCUCCUCUUUAUCUAUGCUUGUUGAUUUGUCUUAUAACCAUUUGAAUGGUGAUCUUCCCAUAGAAGUUGGAAAGUUGGGUAACUUGGGGAUUUUGGAUGUUCGUAAUAAUAUGUUGUCGGGUAAGAUUCCUGAAAGUCUUGGAAGUUGCAAAAGUUUAGAAGUGUUGCACAUGGAUGGAAACUUUUUCCAAGGGCCCAUUCCUUCAUCCUUUGAAUCAUUGAGGGGUCUUCGAGUAUUAGAUCUUUCCCGUAACAAUUUGUCUGGCAAAAUUGCAGAGUUUCUGCAAGAUUUUAAGUUAUUGGCAAAGUUAAAUCUAUCAUACAAUGAUUUUGAAGGUGAAGUGCCACUAAACGGAGUUUUCAAGAAUGCAAGGGCAACAUGGAUCAAGGGAAAUAAUAAACUUUGUGGUGGGAUUCCUGAAUUUCAUCUACCUAUAUGCACUUUUGAUCAUAAGCCGAAGAAGAGAAUGAAGACAAUAGUGAUUUCCAUAAUCUCUCCACUUCUUGGAGUAACACUUGUAUUUGCAUGUUUCAUUCUUUAUCGAUCAAGAAAGAAAAGAAGAGACAAUAAUAGAUCAAGCUCUUAUGAGAAUACACUUUUGAAGGUGUCUUAUCAUAGUCUCCUAAGAGCAACAAAUGAAUUCUCUUCAGCAAAUUUAAUUGGUGCAGGUAGCUUUGGCUCUGUGUAUAAAGGAAUUCUUGAUGAAGAGGGAAGAGCUAUUCCUAUUGCUGUCAAGGUAUUUAACCUUCAGCGUCGAGGUGCUUCUAGGAGUUUCAUGGCUGAAUGUGAAGCAUUGAGGAACAUCAGACAUCGAAAUCUUGUCAAGGUAUUAACAGCAUGCUCAAGCAUUGACCAUCAUGGCAAUGAUUUCAAGGCUUUGGUUUAUGAAUUCAUGACCAAUGGAAGUUUGGAGGAAUGGUUGCAUCCUACUCCCACGCCAGAUGAAGGAGCAAAAACUUUGAAUCUUCUUCAGAGAAUAAACAUUGCAAUUGAUAUUGCCUCUGCAAUAGAGUAUCUCCAUCUUCACUGUGAAACACCAAUAAUUCAUUGUGAUCUCAAGCCAAGUAAUAUUCUCCUUGAUGAUGAAAUGAUUGGGCGUGUAAGUGAUUUUGGGUUAGCAAAGUUCUUUUCUGAGGAAACCCUUCAAAACAAGUCAAGUUCUUUCGGUGUAAGAGGAACAAUCGGUUACACUCCUCCAGAGUAUGGUGCGGGAUUCGAAAUAUCAACUUACGGUGAUGUAUAUGGUUAUGGCAUAAUCUUAUUGGAGAUGUUCACAGCAAAAAGACCUACUGAUAACAUAUUUAUGGAAGGUUUGAAUCUUCAUAAUUUCGUGAAAAUAGCUUUACCUGAAAGAGUCUUUGAUAUUGUAGAUCCAAUUCUUCUUGAAGGAAGUUCCAUGACCCUGGACAACUCAAUUUCAAACCAUAAUCACAAUUUUAGUAGCAUUCAAAAUAACAUAAUUCUUGAGUGCUUGAUUUCAAUAUUUGAAAUUGGGAUAUCUUGUUCGGCUGAGUUACCAAGAGAACGAAUGAAUAUCAAUGACGUUGUUGCUCAACUUAGUUCAACAAAAAAGAAACUUCUUAAAGCUCGAGUGCAUUAAGAGAAAGGGAAUACAUUUGACGAAGCAGGCGCACAGGAUGACUCAAGUGGAAAGCAUGCAGUACUCCUAAUUGACAGAAACAAGCACAAGCAUUUUUGUUAAUAAAUAGUGACGAUGAUAGUGCGACAAUUAAUGUACAAAUUGUAUUUCCUAUUAAGCUUUUGAUUGUGUUGUUGUUUCAUCUUAUGGAUAAUGGGCCUCUACUAAGCUUUUUUAAUUAUUUUGCAUU